CCGAGAGCCAUGGAGGCGCUGAGGGAGUCCGUGCUCCACUUGGCUUUGCAGAUGUCGACCUACAAGCGGGCCACGCUGGACGAGGAGGACCUGGUGGACUCGCUGUCCGAGGGUGAAGUGUACCCAAACGGCCUGCAGGUGAACUUCCGCAGCCCCCGGAGUGGCCAGAGGUGCUGGGCUGCGCGGACCCAGGUGGAGAAGCGGCUGGUGGUGCUGGUGGCGCUUCUGGCGGCAGGACUGGUGGCCUGCUUGGCAGCACUGGGCGUUCAAUACCGGACAAGAACCCCCGCGGUGUGCCUAAGUGAGGCCUGCGUCUCAGUGACCAGCUCCAUCUUGAGUUCCAUGGACCCCACGGUGGACCCCUGCCAGGACUUCUUCACCUACGCCUGUGGCGGCUGGAUCAAAGCCAACCCCGUGCCUGAUGGCCACUCACGCUGGGGGACCUUCAGCAACCUCUGGGAACACAACCAAGCCAUCAUCAAGCACCUCCUUGAAAACUCCACGGCCAGCGUGAGCGAGGCAGAAAGGAAGGCCCAAGUAUACUACCGUGCAUGUAUGAACGAAACCAGGAUCGAGGAGCUCAAGGCCAAGCCCCUGAUGGAGCUGAUUGAGAAGCUAGGGGGCUGGAACAUCACCGGGCCCUGGGACAAAGACAACUUCCAGGACACUCUGCAGGUGGUCACCUCUCACUACCGCACCUCGCCCUUCUUCUCUGUCUAUGUCAGUGCCGACUCCAAGAAUUCCAACAGCAACGUGAUCCAGGUGGACCAGUCCGGCCUGGGCUUACCCUCAAGGGACUAUUACCUGAACAAAACUGAAAAUGAGAAGGUGCUGACAGGAUACCUGAACUACAUGGUCCAGCUGGGCAAGCUGCUUGGUGGAGGGGACGAAGACACCAUCCGGCCCCAGAUGCAACAGAUCCUGGACUUUGAGACGGCGCUGGCCAACAUCACCAUCCCCCAAGAGAAGCGCCGAGAUGAGGAGCUCAUCUACCACAAAGUGACUGCUGCGGAACUGCAGGCCUUGGCGCCCGCCAUCAGCUGGCUGCCCUUUCUCAACACCAUCUUCUACCCUGUGGAGAUCAAUGAGUCCGAGCCCAUUGUUGUCUACGACAAGGAGUACCUGGGGCAGGUGUCCACCCUCAUCAACAACACGGACAAAUGCCUGCUAAACAACUACAUGAUCUGGAACCUGGUGCGGAAGACAAGUUCCUUCCUUGAUCAGCGCUUUCAGGAUGCCGACGAGAAGUUCAUGGAAGUCAUGUAUGGGACCAAGAAGACCUGUCUUCCUCGGUGGAAGUUCUGCGUGAGCGACACAGAGAACAACUUGGGCUUCGCCCUGGGCCCCAUGUUUGUCAAAGCGACCUUUGCAGAGGACAGCAAGAGCAUAGCCAGCGAGAUAAUACUAGAGAUUAAGAAGGCGUUUGAGGAAAGCCUGAGCACCCUGAAGUGGAUGGAUGAAGACACUCGGAGAUCAGCCAAGGAAAAGGCAGACGCAAUCUACAACAUGAUAGGCUACCCCAACUUUAUCAUGGACCCCAAGGAGCUCGACAAAGUGUUCAAUGACUACACCGCAGUCCCGGACCUCUACUUUGAGAACGCCAUGCGCUUUUUUAACUUCUCCUGGAGGGUCACUGCCGACCAGCUGAGGAAGGCUCCCAACAGAGACCAGUGGAGCAUGACCCCACCCAUGGUGAAUGCCUACUACUCGCCCACCAAGAAUGAGAUCGUGUUUCCUGCCGGGAUCCUGCAGGCACCGUUCUACACCCGCUCCUCGCCCAAGGCCUUAAACUUCGGUGGCAUUGGUGUUGUCGUGGGCCACGAGCUGACUCAUGCUUUUGAUGAUCAAGGACGGGAGUAUGACAAGGACGGGAACCUUCGGCCCUGGUGGAAGAACUCGUCCGUGGAGGCUUUCAAGCAGCAGACGGAGUGCAUGGUGGAGCAAUAUGGCAACUACAGUGUGAACGGGGAGCCCGUGAACGGCCGGCACACGCUGGGGGAGAACAUCGCCGACAACGGGGGGCUCAAGGCGGCCUAUCGGGCCUACCAGAACUGGGUGAAGAAGAAUGGGGCUGAGCAGACGUUGCCCACCCUGGGCCUCACCAAUAACCAGCUCUUCUUCCUGGGCUUUGCACAGGUCUGGUGCUCUGUCCGCACACCUGAGAGCUCCCACGAAGGCCUCAUCACUGAUCCUCACAGCCCCUCCCGCUUCCGGGUCGUUGGCUCCGUCUCUAACUCCAGGGAGUUCUCAGAACACUUCCACUGCCCACCUGGCUCCCCCAUGAACCCUCAUCACAAGUGUGAGGUCUGGUGAGGGUGGCAGCGCCGUGAGCCAAGACAGGAUGAGCCCCCACGUGGAGCCUGUCAGGCCACCUUUCCAUCCAGCGUCCGGGGUGUCGCCCCGCCCCCUGGCCGCCCAGGACCCCCCCCUACCCCGCACUGGAGGGUUUCCAGCCGGAACCGAGCCUCUGAUGUGGGUUCUCAACACAAUCCGAGAUUUGAUCCCCUGUGAAGACCGUGUCAUCCCAGGCACAUGUGCACCAGUUCUCGUGGGCAUUUGGGUGUUAGGCUGGUGGCUUACCGGGCCUGGGCCCCAUAUUGACAAGGGCAGUGGGACACGGACCCCUGCCCACAUCCAGUGCCAGAAACACCACAAAUACCACUGU